AUGCCUUUCAAGAGCGGGUCGUUCGCGACCUUCCUCAUCCUUUGCCCAACAUGCUUCUUCCUGGGCAUCAUCUUCUCCAUGUUCCCCUAUGACUAUCCCAUUCUCUGGUCAACUGUGCCCACCUCGGCCUCCCACUUCGACUACUUUGAAGCCCACCUUCGCUUCCUCCAUGCCUCGCCGCCGCUGAUCCCGCGCAUUCUGCACAUCGUCAUCUUCCUCGGGAUCGCCGGCCUCGUGACCAAACUCUACCGUCCCUCCGAGUCCAACAUGCUCUUCGACGGUGCUUCCCUGGUCCUCUACAUGUGCGGUGUUACCGUCUACAUCGCCAAUAUCGUCAAGGGUCUGCGUCUUGCCUCGGCCGGUCAAUACGGUGCCGAGCUCGCUACCACUCCCGACGACAAGGACCAGAUCCUUGGUCGCGAGGACUCGCUCAAGGUCAUGGCCGCGAGUAACACCAUUCUGGCCUUGGUGCUGGUCGGCGUGCUCGUUCUGCAGGCUGGCCAGUGGUAUGCGGAGCGCAAGGAUGCGCAGGAGUCGGAGACCAUCGCGGCCGAGGCGGCGGCGGCGCAGAAAAAGUCCGAGGCUGAUGUGCCCGCUUCGACCACGACGACUGGCGCGGCGACCGGCAAGCCGGGUCGUCAGGGAAGUCAGCGUAAGAAGAGCAAUUAG